GGACCGGGCGCUGGGGCUGCAGGAAGCGGGGGUGGCGGCCGCUCGGGCCCCGGCUCCGCGGGGUUAGAGACACCCGGAAACGGAUUCGCUUCGGUGCCCGCGCGAGCCGCGUGUCUCGGAGGGAGCGGGAGGAGCGGCGGGCGGCUGCUGAGUAAUCCCCCGCGGCGGCGGCGGCGGGCGGCGGCCUGGGCGCGCACAUCCCCCGCGCCGCAGCCGGUCGCGGCUCCUCCCUCCCCGCCCCGCCCCGCCGCCCGCCCCGCGGCGCUCCGGACAGGUAGCGGCGGGCUCCGGGCGCGCGCCGGGCCGCAGCAGCUGCUCCCGACCUCGCCUCGGCCCUGCGCAGAGCCUCGCGCGCCCAUGGCCGGCUCGGAGCAGCAGCGGCCGCGGCGGCGGGAUGACGGAGACGCGGCGGCGGCGGCGGCGGCGCCCCUGCAGGACGCGGAGCUGGCCCUGGCCGGCAUCAACAUGCUGCUCAACAACGGCUUCAGGGAGUCGGACCAGCUUUUCAAACAAUACAGAAAUCAUAGCCCGUUAAUGAGUUUUGGAGCCAGCUUUGUCAGUUUUUUGAAUGCCAUGAUGACAUUUGAGGAAGAAAAAAUGCAGUUGGCGUGUGAUGACUUAAAAACUACAGAAAAGCUAUGUGAAAGUGAAGAGGCUGGAGUAAUUGAAACAAUCAAGAACAAAAUUAAGAAGAAUGUUGAUGUCCGAAAAUCCGCCCCCUCUAUGGUUGACCGGCUCCAGAGGCAGAUAAUCAUAGCCGACUGUCAAGUUUACUUGGCUGUGCUCUCGUUCGUAAAACAAGAAUUAUCAGCAUAUAUAAAAGGUGGGUGGAUCCUUAGGAAAGCCUGGAAGAUUUACAAUAAAUGCUAUCUGGACAUCAAUGCCCUCCAGGAGCUGUAUCAGAAGAAGCUAACUGAAGAGCCCUUGACUUCUGACGCUGCAAAUGAUAAUCACAUUGUGGCUGAAGGGGUGUCUGAGGAGUCUCUAAACAGACUGAAAGGUGCUGUGAGCUUUGGAUAUGGCCUUUUUCACCUUUGCAUAUCCAUGGUGCCCCCAAACCUGCUCAAAAUCAUCAACCUGCUGGGUUUUCCUGGAGACCGCCUACAGGGGCUUUCUUCACUGAUGUAUGCAAGCGAAAGUAAGGACAUGAAGGCCCCUUUAGCUACACUAGCUCUGCUGUGGUAUCAUACUGUAGUCCGCCCGUUCUUUGCCUUGGAUGGCAGUGAUAACAAAGCAGGCCUGGAUGAAGCAAAGGAAAUUCUUCUCAGAAAAGAAGCUGCUUAUCCAAAUUCUUCCCUCUUUAUGUUUUUCAAGGGACGCAUACAACGAUUAGAGUGUCAAAUCAACAGUGCCUUGACUUCCUUCCACACUGCUUUGGAACUUGCAGUCGAUCAGAGAGAAAUCCAGCAUGUCUGUCUCUAUGAAAUCGGUUGGUGCAGCAUGAUAGAGCUGAAUUUCAAGGAUGCAUUUGAUUCCUUUGAGAGGCUAAAAAAUGAGUCCCGGUGGUCACAGUGCUAUUAUGCCUAUUUAACUGCGGUUUGUCAAGGAGCCACUGGUGAUGUGGAUGGGGCACAGAUUGUCUUUAAAGAAGUUCAGAAACUCUUCAAGAGGAAAAACAAUCAGAUUGAACAGUUCUCAGUGAAAAAGGCGGAGCGGUUUCGGAAACAAACCCCCAGCACAGGGCUGUGUGUGCUGGCGUCCAUUGAAGUGCUGUACCUGUGGAAAGCCCUUCCCAACUGUUCCUUCCCCAACCUCCAGAGGAUGAGUCAAGCUUGCCAUGCAGUGGACGAUUCAUCUGUCAUUGGAUUAAAGUAUUUGCUUCUUGGUGCCAUACACAAAUGUCUAGGAAACUCAGAAGACGCUGUUCAGUUCUUUCAGCGAGCUGUUAAAGAUGAGCUGUCUCGUCAGAGUAACUUGUAUGUUCAGCCAUAUGCUUGCUAUGAACUUGGCUGUCUUCUAUUAGACAAACCAGAGACUGUAGCAAGAGGCAGAACUCUACUUCUUCAGGCAAAGGAGGAUUUCUCUGGCUACGACUUCGAAAACAGACUGCAUGUCCGCAUCCAUGCUGCUCUGGCCUCUCUGAGGGAGCUGGUUCCUCAGUGACAGACCCGGAGUUCCCGCUCUGUCCCUCCGCACCCAGGUUCUGCACUUUAAAGUAAAAGCAGAGGACACGGCUCUUAGGAAGAUCAGCUUUUCUUCUGAAAACCGCCCGUGCCAGGGACACACUUUCCCAGUUAGGCUGACAUAUUCAAGAUCUCCUCUUUUAAACAUAUAGCUAAAAAGUAAAAAUAAUGAUGUUAAUAGUGAUACUAACUAACCACCUGGGGAGAGGGGUAAGUGACCUUGUUCAAACAUUUUAGUUUUGUGAUUUAUUAUUUUUAAAAUAAAAUCAAACUGAAUAUUCAACCUGUGAUCUUGUAGGAAUGCCUACGUUAAGCACAUAUCUGACUGGGAAACACUAAGAGGUCCCUGUAAAAUUAUUAACAAUAUCAUGACAUAGCAUUUAUAUUGUGUUUUGAAAAAAUAAAAGUGCUUUCUAGUGUUUUACUUUAUCCUCAGACUAUUCCUGUGAAUAAUAUAGCACAGAUAUUCUUAUCUCCAUUGUCCGGAUAAUGAAACUCAGGCACAAAAAGGCUAAUUGACUUAUCCCAGGUAAUUAUUCCUUUUAUCAGUGGAGCGAUGAAUAGAAUGCAGAUCUCCUGACUGUGGACCGAAUAUUCUUUUAUUGUAAAAAAUAUAUGUUAAUAACCCAGAAUUCCAUGUUUUCCUUAUUAAAAAGCAAAUGCUCUUCA